AUGCUGAAAUUUCCGCAGCUCAGCUAUUGUUGUUUUGUUAAUAAUAUUCGCUAUCUUAUCUUGAUACUAUUAAUUGCUUGUUUAAGUAUUUUGUUCGCCAAUAUUAUUCUUUAUAGUGUUGCUGUAAUAUACGAUGAUUAUCAGGAUACUCAAUUGUGGGGGCAUACACAUUUGAAACAGCUAGCUUCUGCAGAAAAAAGACGAUUUUUAAGAAGUGCUGUUGACGACAGCAAUUUGGACAUCUCAAAUACAAGGAACCAUUUGAUGAAACUAUUGGAAGCAACAAAUCCUAGUGUCAAUGAAACUAUUGAAUCAGAUGGAACGAAUAAUGCAACAUUCACUGCUGGGAAUUUGUUCUCAGAUACAAAUGUAAAUGUAGAAAGAACGACUACAGUUAGGUCGGUUGGUAUGGAUAUCCCAAUCCUUCCCAAACAUAAAGAUAGCGAACAGCUAAUCUAUAAAAAUGGCCUACUGCCUGAUAAAGACAGGCAAUGGGAUGACAAUUUGAAAGAUGGUGGCGAAAAAUCAGGGGAACAGAUUGAAAUAAAGGGUAUUGCACACAAGACACUGGAAGAAAAAAUGCAACACUUUCUGGUUUGGACUGCUCCUGGCAUUGGAAUGUUUUGUGGAUCUUUCUUUACUUCUUGGUUUCUUCGGUCAUUUGGUGGUCGUCGAUUUUUUGCUGUUAUGAUGAUGAUAUCAGCUGUAGCAACUGCCUUACUUGCCAUGGCACCUCAAAUUAAAUAUGGCCGAUAUUUAACAGCUUGCAUGCGAUUUAUCCAGGGUUUAGCCUUUGCCAGUGUUUUCCCGAUGAUUGGUUCAGUGACGGCAAACUGGGGAACCCUCAAACAGCAAUUUCUAUUUUUGAUUUAUUGCACAUCUUUCAUACAGUUGGCACCUUUAAUUAGUUGGCCGAUUUCGUCUUAUAUAUUUGCUCGUGACUAUCGAACACCAUUUCUGGUGCAUGCAGCACUAACCUGUUUACUGGCGUUGGUUUGGCUGGCAAUUUUUCGAGAAAAACCGCAGUACCACUUUUCGGUAAAUGGGCUAGAAUUGAACAAAAUUGUGGCCGGAAAAAUUAAGGCCGAACACAAUCGGAUUUUGGCAAAGAAUCCUUGUCGACUGUUGAUUAUAUCAUUUCCAGUUUGGGCCAUUUGGAUUGCUGCUUGUAGCUAUUUUCUUGUGGUGUCGGUUGCUGUUCAGUUUUUACCCUUUUACUGCUUGUUGAUUGCUCGCGAAACUCGCGCUGAUUCCGCACUAUUAUCUGCUGUGCCUUUUUUGUUUAUGUUUAUAAUGACGCAACUUCAUGGGUUAUGGUAUCGCUUAGCGAAACUUUUUAGUGAAAGGAUGUCAAUGUUAGCGUUCAACACUACCUCUUUUGUUGUAUGUUCAUUGAUUUUUAUUUUUCUUGCAAUAUUUCCUCCUGGCGGUACAUUUCAUCACAGUGUUGUGGCGGCAUUCACUUUGAUUCUGUGCAUUCUAACAUUUUCUCUUUACGGGUUUUAUCGCAGUGCGGUAUUGGUGGGCCGUUUUUUUGGGCAAUUUAUUGUUUCAUAUAUCCGGUUUUUUAUUGGAUUCGCAUUUUUUUUCACAUCUGCUACUGUCGUUUUCUUUGUGGAAAAAAAUAAUGCUGAUGAAUGGCGAGUGAUCUUUUUGAUGUUAGCAGCCCUUCUCUUAAUUUCUGUUGCGGUAUUUGGAAUGUUUGGAAGUGCGUUGCCUGAAGACUGGUCGAAGGAUAGUUGGGACCCGUCAGCUGCACGUCCGAUGAUUACAUUUGACCAAAUUGAUUAUCAUGCGGACGAAUGCGGCGUUUUAGAAAUGAGAAUUUUAAGAUGA